AUGGAGAUCUUAAUAAAAGAGGUUCUUAAUAUACUUGGAAUAAAAGGUUAAAUACUAAAAAAGGAUUUAAUAGAAAAAUUAAAAGAGAAUGGUCUUCCUAGUUUUGAACCAGAGAAACUAUUUGAAAUGUUAUUGAGUAUAAAAGGUAUUCAAAUUAAUAAUGAUAAAAUUUAAUAUGAGAAGCAAUCAAAUAGAUUAGAAUUGUAUAUUGAAGAUGAUAAGAAAUAUUUAAAAGUAAUGGAUGAUAUAUUUUAAAUAAUCUUGAAAGAUAAGGAUGGAUUAAGCUAUCAAUAAAUUCAAUAAAAAUUACCAAAAUCAGGAAAACAAUUGGAAUUAAAUUAAAUAUCACAUUAUUGUAGAAAAUUGUAUGAUUUGAAUCUAGUAGUUAUUUCAUGUAAAAGUCAUUGUAAAUAGGUGAAAGCAAGGAAAUUUUGUUAAUAUUUAAAAUGGAAAGGAUUUGAAAAUACAGAAGAGGAAAAGAAUUAAGUUUAAUAACAUAAUCAUUAUAAGGAGUUUAAUUUUUAUUAAAAUCUCUGGCUUAAUUUAUAAGAAUCAUUACUUGAAUCAGAAGUUCGAUAAAGAAUGAAUAAAUGUGAAGAAAGUAAAUCAUUUUCAAGAUUGAUUGAUAAUCUAUUUAAAGGAGCAUAGGAACUUACUUAAGAUGCAGAGAGAAGAGGGAAAAUAUUUAUGUAUAGAUAUAAAGCAAAAGAACCAUUAAAAAAGUGGCCAUAUGUAUAAACAAAUUAAAAAGUAACAAUAAGAGGAACAUUAGUUAAUAAUUUUAAUGUAGAAGUAUUAGAAGAAUUAUAAAAUUUACUUAAGAAGUAAGGAUAUGAAGUAGAACAAGAUAAUUAUAAAAUUGGAGAAUGUUUAAAUAAUGUUAAUAAUAAUUAAUUAGAAAUAAAAAAUGAUAAAAAACAGAAAGGUUAAAGAAAAAUAUAAGUUUCUUAAUAAAAAAUUAAUAGAUUUGCUUGUAUUUGCAAUUAUUUACAUUUAAAAAAAAUAGCAAAUUUAAAAGAUUUGAAAGAUGAAAUAAUUAAGAUAGAAAAGGAUGAAAAUAAUGGUAUAAUUGAUACUCGAACAAUUCAUUCCUUAUUGAAAACUUUAGAAACUAUUGAUUUUUUAAAUAUUCACCAUAUUAAAACUGUUAUUGUUUAAAAAGAAUGUGAUAGAUGGCUUAUUUCUCAUUCUAGUGUUAAUGAAGAGGAUCCAUAAUUUAAGAAGAAGAAAAUGGAAUUGUAAAAUGAUAAAUAAUUUCUCUUUAACAAAAAUAACAUAGACUAACCUAAAAAUCCAGGUAAAGAAAAAGAAGAAGUAUAAUUAUAAAAAAAAAAAUAACAAAGCGAUACUUUUAUUUAACAAGAUGAUGAAAAGAUAUAUAUAAGUGGUGACGAGAUGGAAGUUUAAUAUAAAAUAAUCAAUGCUAAGGAAUAUAAAAUUAAUAAAAUUAAGUCUGCUGUAGAAAAAUUAGAUUUAAUAAUCAAUUAAUUAAAAAAGGAAGCGAUUAACAAAUUAAGACCAAAUUAUGAUGUGUAGAUUGCUAAUGAAAUUUUUUAAAGAAUGAAUCAUACAGAUAGUUCUAUUGGAUCAUUACUGGGAUUAGAAUAAAAAGUUUAUUAAUAAAUUGAAUGUAAAAAGGAAUUUUCAUAAAUGGAAGAAUGGGAAAUAGAUACUAAAUUAUUAAAUCCUUUAUAUUCCGUUUAAUAUCCAAAUUUAAAUGAAGAAUUAACACCUUUAGAGUAUCAACAUAAUAUGAAAUUUAAAAAAAAUAAUGCAAACUAUGACUCACAAAAAAAUGCUGCAGAAAAAUUAAAGAAUUAUCUAUUAAGAUAUCCAAAUUAAAGUAUAAGUAAAUUAAUGCAUAUUUUUCCAAAUAUUAAUGUAUAUGCUUUGCUUAAAAAAAUGUUAAUUGAUAAUACCAUUGAAGUACUUAUAAUAAUUUAAUUAAUUAAUAGAUUAAAAUACUUACAAAUUAAAAUUAGGAUCUAGAUUAAGCACUUGAUUUAUAUGAGAUUGAUAAAAUAAAGUAUAGGAUAACAGAAAAUUAUUUAGGAUAUUUUUGA